AUGCCCCCAAUUGGCAGCAGUUUCCGUAAUAAAAUGAAACGUGGGAAUUCAUCGUCUGAAUCGUCCUCAAUGUCAGAGGAAAAUGACAUUCAAAUGCAAGGCUGGAUGCGUAAACAAAAGGAGACAUUACGUUCGUGGGCACGUCGAUACUUUACACUUAAUGGUAAAGUAUUAACCUACUAUGAUAGUGAAGACACAAGUCGUGGGGCACGUGGAGUGCUGGAGUUUGUGGACGUGACAGCACUUACGACUGAAAACAAUGGACUGGCACUUCAUUUAGUGAGUGGGAAAGAAAUUCGGCUUAUUGCCGAUACUCACGUGGCUUAUGCAGCCUGGAUGGCGGUACUAUCAGCAGCUGUGAAACGACCACGUACUACCAAGAAUCGAACGAGUAAAGAAGGAUGGGCCCAUUGUUUGACAGAUGAUGAUGUCUGGACGCGUUUUUUUGUCGUGAUUAAACACGAUAGUUUUAGUUGCUAUGAAUCCGAAGAUGAUGAUGCUGAGCUUGCAUUGUCUGGACUGAUUCGGGCCGUGAAUGAGUGGGACGGCAAACGCUUUGGGAUUGUUUGUUUACUUAAUCGUGGACGGACGAUCAAGCUAUGCUUUGAUUCCGCGGAAGAGAAGAUGUCGUGGUUUUUGACGCUUGAGUUUUCCGUCUCAUACGGUGCUGCACGGAUGAAGAAGGAAACGUCGGUCAAGAGUACGAGCAGUGAGAACAAUCCUGUGGUGCGUGCUGAAUCAUCCAAAUUGGAUGUCGGUGCUACGACGACAGAGACGGAAGAAGAUGACGGCGUAUGGAUUUAA